AUGUUGAUUCCAACCGUAUCGCUUCCAAUACAGCAUAAAAUUGACCAGUCGUGUGGACUGAUGCUUCAGCAGCACGCGUGUCUUUCUGCCUCUUCGGAUGAAGUGAUCAAGCGCAUGUGUGGUAAAUGUCGUAUUCUCUGUGGCAGGCAGAGCUCUCUCGUCCAGAGGGCUCGUUUUCUUGCAGACACCUCGGCAGCAUAA